AUGCAAUUCAAGUCCUUGUUUGCUGUGGCCGCCGUUACCGGGUUGGCUGUUGCCAAUAACUCCACAUUGACCACUGCGACUCCCUCUGUCGCCAGCUCCUGUUCCUUCGAUGACUUCACCGCCACCGAGAACGGCCAGGUUCGUUCUGUCCAGGCUUGUGCUACCGCUGUCGGUGACGUUUUCAUCUCUGGAUCUGACAUUGACCAGAUCGACUUGACUGGUGUCCAGGAGUUCUACGGUGACUUGAAGAUCAACGGUACCAAGGCUACCGUCUUUAACGCCCCAGACUUGCAGUUGGUUUCUGGUGAGUUGUCCCUCGCCCAGUCCACUAUCUUGGCUACCGCCAACUUGGCUCAAUUGACCACCGUUGGUACUUUGCACUUUGACUCUUUGCCAGCUUUGGAGAAGACCGGUUUGGCUUCUGGUAUCACCUCUGCUGAGUCCAUCACCAUUGCCAACACUGGUUUGCACUCUUUGGACGGUAUCAACGUCUUCAGAUUGAAGGUGUUUGACGUUAACAACAACGGUGACAUUGAGUCCAUCGACUCUGCUUUGCAGGCUGUUACCGACACCUUGUCUAUCAACUACAACGCCGACAAGGUUGAGGUUUCCUUGGACCAGUUGAAGUCUGCUAACAAUGUCGUUUUCGAGAAGAUUUCUUCUCUUUCCACUGCUAACUUGACCACCGUUAACGGUUCUCUCUCCAUCUCCAAGAACACUUUCGAGAGCUUCGAGUUCAAGCAGUUGGAGUCCAUUGGUAAGUCUCUUUCCAUCACCGAGAACGAUGACUUGGAGGAGUUUGACUUCCCUAAGUUGAAGUCCAUUGGCGGUGCUUUGAACAUUAUUGACAACGAGAACUUGAAGUCCUUCUCUUACUUUGACAAGUUGGAGACCAUUGGCGGUUCCGUCAACAUUGACGGUGACUUUGACAACGGAACCUUCCCAGAAUUGAACAGAGUUGCUGGUGGUUUCAACUUGUCUACUACUGGUGACUUGUCUUGUGACUCUUUCACCAAGUUGAACUCCAAGGGUAACGUCAAGGGUGACAAGUUCUACUGUCGUGGUGCUUCUUCUACCGUUUCUUCUUCUUCUUCCAAGAGCGGUAACUCCAACGGUCAGUCCACUUCCUCUGGCUCUGGUUCCUCCGGUUCCGGUUCUGGUUCUGGCUCUGACUCCUCCAAUGGCUCCUCUUCUUCCGGCAACAGCGCCCCAGGUGUCACCGUUUCCACCUCCUUGGUCUCUUUGGUCACCUUCGUUUUGGCCUUCACCGGUGUUGGUGUUGCCUUGUACUAA